CGCUUCCAGGCCGGUCGGGAGCCAGCGAGACUUCGGUCCUCCCGGUGGGCUAGAGCGGCGCGAGCGCCUGGCGCACUGGGCCAUGGAGGAAGAAGAGAGCUUCUCCGAUAUCUGCGGCGGCCGCCUGGCCCUGCGGCGCCGCUACUACUCGCCCUACUGCCGUGAGUUCGGCCUCAGCUCGCCUCGGCUGUCGCUGCGCUCGCUCACCGCCGUCACCUGCGCCGUGUGGCUGGCGGCUUACGGACUCUUCACCCUGUGCGAGAACAGCAUGAUCCUUUCUGCUGCUAUCUUCAUCACCAUCAUAGGCCUGCUUGGUUACCUUCAUUUUGUUAAGAUUGAUCAAGAGACUCUAUUAAUCAUCGACUCACUUGGCAUCCAGAUGACUUCGUCCUAUGCUUCAGGCAAAGAAAGUACCACCUUUAUAGAGAUGGACAAGGUCAAGGAUGUUAUCAUUAAUGAGGCUAUUUACAUGCAAAAGGUGAUUUACUAUCUCUGCAUCUUAUUGAAGGACCCAGGAAAGCCACAUGAGAUCUCCCAAGUAGUUCCUGUCUUCCAGAGUGCCAAGCCCCGGUUGGACUGCUUGAUUGAAGUAUACAGGAGCUGCCAGGAGAUUCUGGCACACCAGAAAGCAACAUCAACAAGCCCCUGAACCUCAGCAUUCAAAGCAUUGUUGUCUUUAUGGGAGAGGACUCCUAGACCAUAAUGGCUGGUUUAUCUUGUACACUGUAAAAACCAUUAGGUGGACACAGUCCUGGGAUCCAAAAUGGAUGAGAUGAUCUCAGAGCCAUAGAGGAGGCGGCUGGAAUGUGACUCAGAGUCUUGAUGUAUCAUAAAGUCCCCCUUACAGGUUUAUUUACAUUACUAAUCAAGGGGAGACUGUAAAGAUUUUGUCAUAUCAAAAGUAGGCCAGUCGGGCUGGAGAGAUGGCUCAGUGGUUAAGAGCACUGGCUACUCUUAGAGAAGACCUGGGUUCAAUCCCCAGCACCCACAUGGCAGCUUACAACUGUCUGUGAUUCCACUUCCAGGAAAUCCAACACCCCUCCACAGAUAAACAUGCAGGCAAAACACCAAUGCAUGUAAAAUAAAAAUAAAUAAAUUAUUAAAAAAAAAAGUAGGCCAGUCAUAGUGGCUCACAUUUAAUACCAGGACUUAAGAGGCAGAAGCAGGUGAUCUUGAGUUUGAGGCUAUCCAGGGCUAAUAUGCAUGAAGAGCACUUUGAUAUUUCUAAGUGUUUGUAUUAAAAUCUGUGGAGUAUUGAGUCUGGUACCAAAUUUUAUAAGAAAAAUAUAAAAAUAUAAUUUCCAUCUGUAUUGAACUCUUGUCUAAAAGUUAGGGAAAAUGUUUUUUGUUUUUUUUUUUAUGUAUGAAUUAGGAAUAAAAUGCCUUACAAAGGGCUAGCCUCUGGUCCACCCAGCUCCUAUGAUCUGUGCAGGAUGUUUCUUAAUCCACAGUUUAGCUAGGAAUGGUGUGGAUGCCUGUAGUCCCAGCACAUAGAGGGUGUCAACAGGUGAGGCACUGUCUCAAACUAUAAUAAAUAAAUAUCCAAAACACA